AUGUUUGGUUUUGGAGUCUUACUCUUGGAACUGAUAGCAAGCCGGACUGCUGUUGACAACAUUCAUAUAAUUCAAUGGUUUACUCCCUUUGGUGAAGGAGGGGAUAUAAGAAACAUUGUCGACGCCUGGCUAGCAGGAAAUUUUGACACAAGUUCUGUUUGGAAAGCUGUGGAGACAGCGAUGGAAUGUUUCGUAAGCAUCGACUGUGGGGCUACUGGAGAUUACAUAGACAAUGUAACUGGUCUAUUUUAUGAGUCAGAUGCAAUGUACAUUGAUGCAGGAGAAGUCAGGGAGACAUCUCUCGACUUCAACCUGUCAUGCUAUAAACAGCAGGUACAGUAUUUGAGGAGCUUUCCUCAGGGAACAAGGAAUUGUUACACACUGAAGCCUAAGCAAGGGGCAAACCAUAAUUACCUUAUCAGGGCUCUCUUUGCAUAUGGGAAUUAUGAUGGCAAAAACCAGUUCCCGACGUUUGAUCUGCAUCUUGGAGUUAAUAAAUGGGUGACUGUUAACCAGAGUACAGCAGUACGUGAAAUUAUUCAUGUUCCCUCAGUGGAUUGCAUUGAUGUGUGCCUUGUGAACACUGGCUAUGGAGUUCCCUUUAUAUCAGCGUUGGAUUUAAGGCCUUUGGACUACUCCAUUUAUCGAAUUCAAGACGGUGCACUCUCCACCAUGGGAAGAUAUGAUGUGGGUGUUGCUUCAUCGUUUACCAGGCUGAAAUGCCGAUUUUUAGUUGAAAAAUCGGUUAGAUCUGCUGGCGUUGCGGUAACUCCCAUGGGCGUCCAUCGAGUUAUUGCUAUCAAAGACCUCAAACAAAAAUACGGAGUGAUUAGAAACUGGCGAGGGGAUCCAUGUGCUCCAAGUAGUUUCUCAUGGGAAGGUUUAAAUUGCACCAAUGAUAGCACCCCAAGGAUCAUCUCAUUGAAUUUGAGCUCAAGCAAAGUAACAGGUGAGAUAGCAACUUCACUGUCUAAUCUCGAAGCAUUAACGGUAUUAGAUUUAUCAUACAACCACUUGACUGGGCCAGUACCAGAAGUUCUUGCCCAACUGCCAAAUCUGAAAGUCCUGAACUUAACUGGGAACAAACUCAGUGGUUCAGUUCCUGAUGCUCUAUUGGAAAAGUUCAAACGUGGAACAUUGUUUUUGAGACUUGAAGGAAACCAAGAUCUUCGCCUGUCAGCUCCAUGCCAUGAAAACAAAAUGAACUUCAUUAUUCCAGCAGUGGCACCUACUCUAGUUAUCUUGCUAAUUCUGCUCCCUGCCAACGCUCUGGUGAUGUACAGAUUGGUGUCCAAAUAUGUAGCUACUGGAUCCAAGGAGGAAGGGUCUUUGAAAUCGAAAAAUCGACAAUUCACUUACUCUGAGAUUGUUAGUAUCACUGACAACUUCAAAACUGUUAUUGGAGAAGGAGGAUUUGGAAAAGUUUACAUGGGCACUCUGGAAGAUGGCACUGAAGUUGCUGUUAAGGUUCUCUCACAGUCAUCAAGACAAGGUUAUAAGGAAUUUCAAGCAGAGGCACAACUCUUGAUGAUUGUUCAUCAUAGGAACUUGGUUUCUCUGAUUGGUUAUUGCGAUGACCGUCACAAUAUGGCACUAAUUUAUGAAUACAUGACCAAUGGAAACUUAAAACAGUAUUUAUUAGAGAUGGAUACAAAUAUGCUAAGCUGGAGUGACAGGGUUGAAAUUGCAGUAGAUGCUGCCAAUGGGUUGGAUUAUCUACAUAAUGAUUGCAAGCCACCUACAAUACACAGAGACUUGAAGCCUUCUAACAUUUUACUAAAUGAAAACAUGCAAGCAAAACUAGCUGAUUUUGGACUUUCCAGAUUAAUCUACAGAGAAAAUGAUUCUGGUAUAGAUACAUGCCCUGCUGGCACACCUGGAUAUACAGAUCCUGAAUUCUAUGUAACUGGGAUCUUAAACAAGAAAAGCGAUGUUUAUAGCUUCGGGAUAAUUCUGUUUCAGCUGAUCACUGGGCAGCAUGCGAUUAUGAGAAGCCUUGGAGAAGAUAGAUACAUACUUCAUCGUGUGAUACCGCUAAUCAAAAGAGGGGAUAUCCAAAACCUUGUGGAUCCAAGAUUAGAGGGACAAUUCAACACUAAGGCAGCCUGGAAAAUAGUGGAGAUAGCCAUGUCAUGUGUGCUACCCAGCGCAGUUCAAAGACCGGACAUGAGUGAUGUGGUGACCGAACUAAAAGAAUGUUUGGCUACUGAGGUAGAUCCUAGAAGAUCCUACCCUGCAGAAAGCAGCAACACCAGGUUAAGUGAUUCUCUCGAAAAUGUCUGCAUUGAACCUGGAAUGGAGAUAGUUCCCAUUACAAGACCACUGAAUAUGUAG